UUCGGGAUUUUAAAAAUCUCAUUCGUGCCCCUCCAUCAGCCCCUCACCCGGAGCUAAUAUCUUCCAUAGUUUUAAACCAUCUCCUCGUCUCUCCCUUUCUUCUGCUAGGAUCUCAUCCAGAGCAAUCGCAUAUACCACUUCACCUCGCCUUUCGGUCGGCAACAACUUCAAUCUCUCUCGACGAGCUUUCUCCCAUACCCCUACUGUCAGAUUCUCUCCCUCAUUCACCAUGGCUGAUCACGGCAAAGUUGAGGAUAUCAAGACUGAGGCUGAGUUCCGCGAAAAGGUUCUCGGAUCUCAGGAUCUUGUUGUCCUUGACUGCUUCGCCGAUUGGUGCGGUCCUUGCAAGGCCAUUGCCCCCAAGCUCGCCAGUUUCAGCGUUGCCUACCCCCAGGCCAAGUUCUACAAGAUAGAUGUUGACCAGCUCUCCAAUGUCGCUGCUGAGCUUGGUGUCCGCGCCAUGCCCACUUUCAUUCUCUUCAAGAACGGCGAGAAGAUCGGCGACGUUGUUGGCGCCAACCCUCAAGCCCUUGAAGCCGGUAUCAAGAACCUGGUCGCAUAAAUCGGUUAGAUAUUGGAUUGAUGGAUAACAUGCGCUUUUUUGUUUUGUUCAUCACGAAGGGAAUGUGAUUCUACUGUUUAUAUUCCCCACACCGCACAAUGAUGACCUGUACCUGUACCGUGCCCAUAAUCUAGCCGUCCAUAUGACGUUGUGGAUCUAGGUAAGAUAGUUUCCGGAGAAGGGAUAUUCCUAAGCUCGUAGUCCCUGGCUCUCUCUUCAUGUUCAGUAGGACCCCUAGCAUACCAAACAGCCGAAUAGGAAUCUAGCCAACGAACAGCGGGACGAUCUGAAGACUGUUAGUUUGGCAGCGAUUAAAAGUAGUCCGCAAUAGCCUGGUCCAAUUUGGACUUUCUAGAAAUGUCUCGAGAAUGAAACCAACGGGUCCCACACAGGUAUCUCAACGCCUUAAUUGGUUUCAAG